AUGUACUGUUUGCACAGUUUAUCUCUCAUCACAAUAUUUGGAGUUGUUUCGAUUAUCGACGCUACGUUCCAAAGCGCUGGUGCAAAGGGUCUGCUGAUAUGCAAUAAUGAACCAGCCGGGGGAAUUCAAAUUAAACUUUAUGACGUUCGUGAAAGGAAGGACGAUGAUGAUGAAUGCUGUCAUACUCUNAUGAUGAUGAAUGCUGUCAUACUCUGGUUCUGUAAUGAUGAAAUUGAGGCAAAGAAGCGUGUCAGAUUGCAUGCGAUUAACAUUUUAUUUCUGAGAAAUUCGGAGCACUACAAUACAAAUAUUCGGGUUAUCACUCAUUUUUUGAUGGCAGCAGGUGGUACAUUCGACGAAAAAUUGUCUGAGGUGAAAUCGAGCGAUGACGGAGAAUUUUCAAUCACAGGAUUUGUGAACACAAACGGCCCUUUUAAACCGAAAGUGAAUAUUUAUCACGACUGCGAUGAUGGCAUUAAGGUUAUUCGCUCUUGA